AUUAGAGAAACAAAAGUCCAGAAUGCUAACGUUGCCACUCUCACUUCCUCUUGCACCUUAACCCAGAACUGCUUUGAAUACAGUAAUUGCCCUGAGGCACUGGGCCAGGGAGAGAAGACAGCAGUGCCUCAGCAGUAGGCACUCACAGCCGAUCAUGUUUUCACAGGGCCACUUCUGCUCACAGAAAAUGCUGGGAUGAUGCCUCCCACCCGCCUGGCUGGGACUCUGAUCCCAGCCAUGGCCUUCCUCUCCUGCCUGCGACCUGAGAGCUGGGACCCUUGCAUACAGGUGGUUCCUAACAUUACUUACCAAUGCAUGGAGUUGAAUUUCUACAAAAUCCCUGACAACAUUCCCAGAUCAACCAAGGAACUGGACCUGAGCUUUAACCCCCUGAGGCAUUUAGGCAGCCAUAGCUUCUCCAGCUUCCCAGAACUGCAGGUGCUGGAUUUAUCCAGGUGUGAAAUUCAGAUGAUUGAAGAUGAUGCAUAUCAGGGCCUAGAGCACCUCUCCACCUUGAUAUUAACGGGAAACCCUAUCCAGAGGUUGGCCCUCAGAGCCUUUUCAGGACUAUCAAGUUUACAAACACUGGUGGCCGUGGAGACAAACAUUGUAUCUCUAGAGGACUUCCCCAUUGGACAUCUCAGAACUCUGAAGGAGCUUAAUGUGGCUCACAAUCUUAUCCAUUCUUUCAAGUUACCUGAGUAUUUUUCUAACCUGCCCCACCUGAAGGACUUGGACCUUUCUGAUAACAAGAUCCAAAAUAUUUACCUUAAAGACUUGCAGGUGCUACAUCAAAUGCCCCUACACAAACUCUCUUUAGACUUGUCCCUGAAUCCUCUAGACUUUAUCCAACCAGGUGCCUUUAGAGAAAUUAAACUCCGUGAACUGACUUUGAGAAGUAAUUUUCACAGUACAGAUGUAAUGAAAACUUGUAUUCAAGGUCUGGUUGGUUUAACAACCAAUCGGUUGGUUCUGGGAGAAUUUAGAAAUGAAAGGAAUGUGGAAAAGUUUGAUAAAUCUGUCCUGGAGGGGCUGUGCAAUUUGACCAUUGAAAAAUUCCAGAUAGCAUACUUCAAUUACUUCUCAGUUGAUACUUCUGACUUAUUUAAUUGUUUGGCAAAUGUUUCUACAAUUUCUCUGGCGCAUCUGAAUUCAAACCAACUAGAAGGCCCUUGGAAAGGUUUCAGAUGUCAAUACUUAGAACUGGUUAAAUGUAAAUUUGAACAAUUUCCUAUACUGGAGCUCGACUCUCUCACAACGUUUGUUUUCACUGCCAACAAAGGGAUGAACACUUUUACUGAACUUAAGCUACCAAGGCUUGAGUUUCUAGAUCUCAGUAGAAAUGGCUUAAAUUUCAAGGGUUGCUGUUCUGAGGCUGAUUUUGGGACAACCAGUCUCAAGUAUUUGGAUCUGAGCUUCAAUUAUGUUAUUACCAUGCAUUCAAACUUCAUGGGCUUAGAGCGGCUGGAAUAUCUGGAUCUGCAGCAUUCCAAUCUGAAACAGGCCAAUGACUUUUCAAUAUUUCUAUCACUCAAAAACCUCCGUUACCUUGAUAUUUCUUAUACGCAAACCCGAAUUGUCUUCCAUGGCAUCUUUGAUGGCUUGGUCAGCCUCGAAGUCUUGAAAAUGGCUGGCAAUUCUUUUCAGAACAACAUCCUUCCAAAUAUUUUCUCAGAUCUGACUAACCUGACCACACUGGACCUCUCUAAGUGUCAACUGGAAGAGGUGUCCCAGAUGGCAUUUGACUCACUCUCUAGACUUCAGUUGCUAAAUAUGAGUCACAACAACCUCUUGUCAUUGGAUAUACUUAUUUAUAAACCUCUCCACUCCCUCCAGAUUCUGGACUGCAGCUUCAACCGUAUAGUAGCCUCCAGGGUGCAAGAACCACAGCAUUUUCCAAGUAGUCUAGCUUCCUUAAAUCUUAGUUGGAAUGACUUUGCUUGUGUUUGUGAACACCAGGGUUUCCUGCAGUGGGUCAAGGACCAGAGGCAGCUCUUGGUGGAAGUUGAACAACUGGUGUGUGCAAAGCCUUUAGAUAUGCAGGAUGUACCUUUGCUGAGUUUUAGGAGUACCACCUGUCAGAUAAGCAAGACUAUCAUUAGUGUGUCAGUUCUCACUGUACUCAUACUGUGUGUGGCAGUAGUUUUAGUCUAUAAAUUCUAUUUCCACCUGAUGCUUCUUGCUGGCUGCAAAAAGUAUGGCAGAGGUGAAAGCACCUAUGAUGCCUUUGUUAUCUACUCAAGCCUGGAUGAAGACUGGGUGAGGAAUGAAUUAGUAAAGAACUUGGAGGAAGGAGUGCCCCCUUUCCAGCUUUGCCUUCACUACAGAGACUUUAUUCCUGGUGUGGCCAUCGCUGCCAACAUCAUCCAGGAAGGUUUCCACAAAAGCCGGAAGGUUAUUGUCGUGGUGUCCCAGCACUUCAUCCAGAGCCGAUGGUGCAUCUUUGAGUAUGAGAUUGCCCAGACCUGGCAGUUCCUGGGCAGUCACGCUGGCAUCAUCUUCAUCGUCCUGCAGAAGCUGGAGAAGUCCCUGCUCCGGCAGCAGGUAGAGCUGUAUCGCCUCCUCAGCAGGAACACUUACCUUGAGUGGGACGACAGUGUCCUGGGGCAGCACAUCUUCUGGAGACGGCUCAGAAAAGCCUUGCUGGAUGGGAAGCCAUGGAGUCCAGAAGGAACAGCAGAUGCAGAGAGCAGCCAGCCCAAAGCAACAACCUCCAGCUGAGGAGGAAAAACUCCUCAAGUGCUUCUUGCCCAGCUAGACCCAAUACUUGUUCAGUUAACAAGUAUUAAAUGCUGCAACCUAUUAGCCAUUGUGCUAAAAGCAGGUGAUUCAGUGGUGUAUAAAAUACACAGCACUACUAAUCUCAUGGAGUUUACAGUGCACAGGGAUAAAUAUCAUGCUAAAAUACAGAACCUCUAGGUGGUGCUUCAACCAACUCAGCUAAGGAGUCUAUGACAGGAAAAAUCAGCUCAACUCUUACACCAUCAAAUUAAAUUAGAACUAAGAGACUGAGCCCCAGUGAGAUCAGAAAAAGACCUAGUUCUUCAGCUGAGUCUUUUGAAUGGAAACUACUUCGUGUUCCAUGUUUCAGCCAUCUCAAAACAAAGUGGUUUUGGUAGCUGCAGCUAAGCUGGGUCUUUGCUCACUUUUUUCUUUUCUGUUGAAUCCUGUUUAAAUUCUACUUGAUGGCUCAGGAGACUCCGGAUUCAGAUCCCAGCUCCCCUUUAAGUCAGUUUCCUUACUGGUUAAAAAUCCCAUAACUAAUACCUAAGGAAACCAGAUUAACACGUAUUCACAAACAUCCUGCUCAUUUCUUAGCAUGUUCUAUUUAUUAACUAAUAGUCCCUGAUACAUUUUCAUUUUUAUAGAUCCAGUUCUCAUUUUUCAUGUCUUCCCUAUGACUCUUGUCAUAAAUAAAUCUGGUAGAGAUACUCUGGAAAUAUCCACAUUUAACCACUAUCUUUCAGGCAAAUAUGUAAAAUGUACUCUGUCACUUUGUCACUUGAUGUCAUUCUAAAGUUAUUACGUACUAAGUUAGGACUGUCAUGAAAGUAGCAUUAAAAUAAUUUGGUUCAAA